CAGAAUACAAGGCUGACAUGUGAGAGACGAGAGGAUCCUAUAAACAUUGAAUAAACUCAGAUAUCUAGUUCCUCUUUCUUACUCUAUAUAGAAGAGAAUCCAAAGAGGAGGAGGAGAAGCUAAAGCAUUGAAGAAUGGUUUCGCGGAACAAGAAUGAUUCCUCUAUGCGUGAGAAGUUUCAAUUACUUCGUUCAGUCACUAACUCACAUGCUGAGAGCGAAACAUCGAUCAUAGCGGAUGCAUCAAAGUAUAUCAAAAAGCUUAAGAAGAAAGUCAAAGAAAUCAACAAUGGGACCACGUCUGAGCAAUACUUCUGUGAUCCUACCGAUCCCAUGGUAAUAGUGGAAACCCUAGAGAAUGGAUUCUUGAUAAAUAUAACGUCAAGGAAGAAUGAUGGAGGUAUGUUGGUUUGUCUUCUUGAAGCCUUUGAAGAUCUUGGACUUGAGGUUGUUGAAGCUACGGUUUCAUGUACAGACUCAUUUAGCAUGCAUGCUGUUGGUUCAUCAAAUAAUGAUGAUGGUGAAAGAAUGGAUGCUGAAGCAGUGAAACAGGCAGUUGAAGUAGCAGUCAGGACCUGGAGUGAUGGACAUGAUCCAAAAUGUAUCAUGCUAAGAAUCGGCUACCCCAUAAAGGAUAGAGCUUUCGUGAUCAUCAUUUCCAGCCAAUCACAGUAUAUCGGGUGCCAUUCUAUGUAAAGAACUUCAGUAUACCAUCAUUUAUAAAAUCCACGGUCCUUUGCUGGUCUGGUUUCUUAAUAAGAAACAAGCAAACAA